CUCCUUGAUGUUAUUAGAGUUUACAUACAUGAUGUUGUGCUGCUGGAUGUGGAUGUAGCUAAAAUAACAAAGGAUAAUAAAUUGUUUUAUUCCUAUAAGUUUUGAAUCUUUGAGCUAUCAGGAGUUUUACGGAAAAGCCAUCUGUACUUUUCACUUUACGAGAUUAGUUCAUACGAUUAAUACACAAAUUAGUUGAAGCUGUGGACUGAUUUAUGUAUUUAAUCGAGGUAGCUAAAAGAACGAAGGAUAAAGAUUUAUUUUAUUUCCGUAAGUUUUGAAUAUGGUUAUUGUUUCCGGUGUGGUGGAUGCUAGUUGUGUGAGUUUGAUGAUGGGAAUUUAGAGGUAGUUGAGUCUGUUGGUCGACGGGAUUUGUAUUGUUUUAAGAUUUAGUUUACUAGAGGUGUUGCGGAGAUCUUCGUGUUCAGUACGACUAGCGAAAAGUUUUGGCAGAAAUUGCUCGAUCUUGUCUAGUAGUAUUUGAUCUAUUAAAAGAGGUGAGAUUGAUCUUGUACAUUUACUCUAUGUCUCUUUAUACAGUAGAAAAGAAGACAUUCAGUUUUCCAAGAAUCUGCCCCGUACUCGACCUUAAUAAUUUCGUUCGUGAUUCGUAAGCAUACUGUCAGGAACUCUAACGCCGUUACAUCACAGAAGAAGUCAUAAGCAUUCCGGAACGUUAAACACAGGUGAUUCAAUGUACGAUCCGUAAAAGAACAAAUCGCCGGCACAAGCAACACUGUCGUUUUUCGCACAACCGGACUCAAAUUUUAGUGCAACAAAUGGCCCUCUGGUCCAAUAUCCCCGCAGCAAGAGAAGCGUACGAUGACACAAAGACUGGACGCGGUAUGGAUGGAAUGUUAUAUCGGGAAGAUUUUUUGUCGAGAAAUGAUUUACAUGUACAUCUUCGUCAGCAAUGUUAUCCAACAGAAAUUCGUGAACAUAUUGAUACAAUGACGAAGCAUAUCGAAAACGAGGAUCAACGUGAACAAUUACAAGCUAUACUAUGGAAAUACGGGCGCUUAUUUGAUACUACACAACCAUUAGUGAUCAAUUACACCUUGGAAGGUGCCAUAUACACGGGUGAUCAUCCUUCUGUUCACAUACCACCGUAUAGGCGAAAAGAGCAUCAACGGAUACAAAAUGAAACGCAUGAUUUAUUGAAGCAGGGUAUUAUUGACCCAUCGACAUCCGCAUGGUCCAGUCCAGCCGUAUUAGUGAAGAAAAAGGAUGGUUCGACCCGUUUUUGCAUUGAUUAUCGUCGUGUAAAUGAAGUUACCUCUUGUCAGUUACCCAAAAUCGAUGAAAUUUUUGAUUAUGGUAUUUUAUCGAAAAAGCUAUCACCCACACAACAACGAUGGUGUACAUCAGAACAAGAAUGUUAUGCAAUUAUUUCAGCGAGCGAAAAAUGGCAUCAGUAUAUAGAUGGUGUGGAUUUUGAAGUACACACCGAUCAUAAACCACUGAAAUGGCUGAAAAAAAAAGCACAGGGCAGUAAUAAAUUUGAGCGAUGGCGAUUGAAAUUCCGACAAUAUCGUAUGAUAGAUACAUAUAUUAUAGGGCCUGGCAACACCAUGCCAGACUAUUUAUCUCGAUCGCCCGUGGAUGAUCCUACAGAAGAUCUAGAUGAUUAUGUAAAACGAAUAUCAUGCACAACACAAACUGAUAAUAAUGAUCAAGUACCAGUAACAAAACAGCCAGUUAUUACAGCAGUUACCACUCGAUUACAAGAAAAACAAAGAAAAAGAGAUAAUGAUGAUCAGGCGGAUGUUUGCACGUCGGGCAACCCCGGUAUGCGUUCAAACAAAGAGGUUGUUCAAUCAAAGAAUAAACCUCGUACUGAUGAGAAUACACGGGUUUUAUCUGAACUUGAUCAUCACGGUAUUAUUCCUUUUACGCACGAUGAUAUUAGGCAGUAA